CCAAUGACGGACACGAAUCGAGCAGUCUACCGAACAUUCAAUAUCAAGGAGCUCGAUUUCCAGUACUCGCCGUCCCAGUGGAGCAUCCGCGGCUCGCCGGACGAAGUGAUCAACAAGCAUGUUGCCUGGCUCGUCAAUGGUUCGGAUCGCGCUCGCAAGGUGCUUGCAGAGUCUGCGCAGUUGAACGUGCGCUACAGCACACUCGAGGCCAAGGUUGCUGGUGGUGGUGGUGGUGGUGGUGCUGCAGCCAUUCCAGCCGAUUCCAGCGAAACCGCGCUGGAUCUCUUCUUCCCGCCCGAGGCCAAGACGCCAGAACAGCGUGCAAAAUGCCCGCUCGUGAUUUACAUCCAUGGUGGAUAUUGGCAAUUUCUCAAUAAGGAUGCGUCUUCAUUCAUGGCAGAGAAUUUUUGCAAGCACGGCCUUGCCGUAGCGGCCAUCGGCUACACGUUGGCGCCAGCAGCCAACAUUUUCGAGAUUAUUCAUCACACGCGGCUCGGAGUGGCCUUGGCCCACCAGUUGUGCCCCGGGACUACAGCACACUUGAUUGGUCAUUCCGCUGGUGGACACCUAGCAGCCAUGUGUAUCGCGACUUCGGCGGAAGAGUGGCAAGCCAAGUACGGAGUGCCUGCUGGCUGGAUUCGAAGCGCUACACUGGUUUCGGGCGUCUUUGAUCUGCGACCAAUCACAAUGGUUCCUUCCGUCAAUGAUGCUGUCAGGUUGACAAUGGCCGAUGCUCAAGUGGCUUCGCCUCUCCUCCUUCUUGCAUCCAUUCCUCACGACAUUCAUGUCAUCGUUGCCGUUGGUCGGCACGACCCUGAGGAGUUCCGACGCCAAUCUCGCGAGUUUCACGACAAUCUCGUACAGCACCGCGGCAACAUUACGGACAAGACCCAGUUUGUGUACUGCCCCGAAGAUGACCAUUUCGAAGCGAUCGAGAAGCUGUCUCACGCCGACUUUUGCGUGACCCAAGCUGUCUUUGCUGUCGCUCGCCGUGUUUGACCCUUCAACAUCCCAAAAUCUUAUUCCUAGACGACCACCCAUUCUCCAUUUCCAUUGUGAACGUGUGACCAAAACCCU